GAGAUAUAGAAAUGUUGAAAGGCAUGUUCUUUUCAGAAAAAGAAAUUGAUGCAUUUGAUAAUACCGAUAACGCAAUUCAACACACACCAUUAGAUAGGGAAGAACUUCAUAAUACAAAUUCUGAACGAACAAUGCACGACGGGGACGUUUGCUGUCCAACGGAAAUAAAGCAUACAUACGUUAAGAAGAUGUUUAACAUUCAUGAUAGAAUGAUGACGAUAGUGAAUCUCACCGUCGAUUCCAAGACAAUGUAUCAGUAUAUGCCGCUUGCUAACUGUUCGGGAAAAGGGAGCUGUCAAGGAAAAUGUACGUUAGAAAACAAAACCAUUACACUCCUAGGGUACGAUGAAAACAACAACUUCCGAUUUGAUCUAUUCAACAUACCAGGGUACUGUUCAUGCAAGAAUUCAUAUGACGAUUUCAAGGUCGUAUAAAUUCUUACCACCUGAUCGUCAGAGUUGGCCAGUGACAAAUAAACUCAAAGUUAUAUUGGAAUUGAAACAGAGGAGUUUAAAAGAAAAAAAAACAUUUAAAGUUAAUUGUUACUAGCCGUACAAUGGCAAAGUGUGUAAAAUGAGUUGUCGAAAAACGUAAUGAAAAUAAGACAAGAAGAUAAAAGUUAUUAUUAUUUAAACAGACAUAAAAUGACUGGAAGAUGAUUUAGCAUUUCUGAAAAAAGUUUUGCGAUACGGAAUAGAUUGAUAAAAUACCAGUAUGCAAAAAAUGUGUACAUUUAAAAAGAAUAUUUGGUCUUUUGAUAAAGAGAUGAUAUCAGACAAUUAUAAAUAAAAAAAAACAUUUUAUAAGUAUUUCUGGACAAAUUGCAGUGGCAUUUUCUUGGCACUUUCUUGUUGACAUGAUUAAAGCUUGAUUUGAGUAUUAUGUCUAAUAAAAAAAACUUUUGAGUUUAUUGAACUGCAUGUUUGACAGAUUCAAAAGUGAUUUCAAAACAUGUUUGUUUUCUUAUUUCUCUUUAAAUGUAAUUGUAAUAUCAAUGCUUGUUUCGUUUGGGGGUUUUGUGAGUAUUGCAAAGUUUCUGAUCUUCUUUUUCCUCUCUUUUAUAUUUAUAUUGUGGUUUAUUACAUUUUUUAUUCUGUUUUGCUUGCUUUUUUGUAAAUCGAUGAUUUAAACACUGAUCAUAAAGACAGAUAAUAUGGGAUACUUGAAAUGGAGUUUUUAUUCAAACCAUCGGUAAUGAACUAUGUCACUAUUUAUUCAAUAAUUUCACAGUUGUGUCGAGUAAAUUGACCCUUUUGUAGUUUUGUUAAAAAACAAAAAUUAGAAAUAUUGUAUUGCUAUCAUACUUAUUUCAUGUUUAAAUUUAUGUUUACUUUACUAGUAACUUUGUAUUUUUAGGUUAUUUAUUGUCUUGAUAAAAUAAGAUUUUAAAUAAAAUGAAAAAUAACACACGUAGUUUUUAUGAUUUUGUAGUAGCUUUUUGCAUUAUCAGCAAUGUCAUGUGACUGAGAUCCAUGCCUCCUGUUUAUAUCUGAAAAUAGUCUUGGUGUUAAAUAUUUAUGGCUUGUUGUUUACCAUGAUCGAUAUAUAUAAAUGUAAUUGACCCAUUAACAAAUCAGGCUUUGUAUAUUCAUGACAGUCUUUUUCUUUAUGAAAUAUUCAAAUUUAUAAAGUGUUAAAGUAAAAUUAUGCCCAUCCUUGUGUAAAAUGCUUUAAUCUCAGAAAUUUAUCGAAAUGUAAUAAAAUAUCUACCGAAUAUGUCUAAUUUGAAUAAAAGAAUGAAUACAAUAUGUAUGAGAAGCUGUGUUCCCUAUUACAGGUCAA